AGAGAGCAAUGACGUAAUGAAGCUAGAAGUCCUUACAGGAAACCACAAUUCCCAGGAUGCACUUGAAAUUACCGUGGCCACUGGACGGGGGAAGGGAAGCUGAGAUUGGAGGGAGAAACAGUCAGAAACUGAGUUUUCAGAUAUUGUGUACAUAUGACAGCCCAUCCUCAGGACUCUGGCCACACAAGAACUUUAUCCAUGACCCAUAUCUCACUGGACACCUGCACUUCUUACUUUGGAUGUGUGCUGCUGUUUCAUGUGAGGCUGAAGACAUAACACAGCUUUGGUGCAAGUAAAUUAAACUGCAGCUGUACAGGUGCGUACUGGAUUUGUCUUCAGUGCCAAAGUAAUGAAGUGUCUCGGACGGGGAGAGCCAAGCCCUGAAAAGCAAUGUCAUUAUCCAGCUUCUGUGUACCUCUGAUGGGGCUGAGGAGUGAACCCGCUGGCCAAGCAGAUCUGUGCAGGAGAGGAAGGAGGCAGGUUUCCAGGAAACUUGUCUGCUGAUGGAUAGCCAUUUCCUCCUGUCAGCUCUUGUAGAUUGAUACCUGCUCAUUCCCCUCAGUGUACACACUCAAGGUUAGACUCUGGAGUAGCUAAUAAAACCAGGCUGCCAUCAAAACCACACAAUCAUCGCUAUUACGCAGAAAAAGAGAAUAUGAUGUGCUCAACAUGGAUUUCUUCUGCCAGUGACAGUUUGAUGAAAUCACACUGGUGACUGUGGACAUUGAGUUCUCUAUGUAUGUGAGGAGAAAAGGAGAAAAGCAUAGAUACAGUCAGCAGUCACUACAGAUAUACACUACAGAAACCAUGGUGGUCCUUGAAUCAGCUCCUCAGCCCAUCUCAGUACAUGACUACAGAAGCCUUUAGGGGCCAGGAUCAGGAACAUACUCGCCAGCCAACACACUCAUAUGCAAUGGAAGAAGACAUUGAUGUCACAUGCCACACUGAGGGCCUGAAUGGUUUGUCCCGUGAAUGUAAACCAUUAGAGGAUAUCACCAAUGGACACUCCAACCUUAAGCCUGUCAUGAACGGACUGAUAAUUAGUCAUAAUGUCAAAGACCACACCAACAGCAGCGCACCACUCAGAUCCCUGCCGAUUUCAGCACUGAAGCAGAAUGGACUUCUGCAGACCCUGGCAGCCGGAGGGGACCAGCCUAAGCCUGCAGAGGAAAAUGUGGAGUUAGAAAAGGCCAGAGAGGAGUGGGAGGCACUGGAGAACGUCCAACCAGCUCUCACUGAGGACUCAAACCCGACCCCACUCAUCUCCUUCAAUGAAGCCCUGCAGUACUUCCAGACCACAGACCUCGGGGACUUGCUGAAGAACAUCCAGCCAACCAUUCGCAGGACAGGUCUGGCCGCGAUCACACACUUCCUCUUCGGACCUCCACGGCUGCACAGGGAACUCCUGGAGGAGCGGGAUCUGGUCUUUGCCAUCGCACAGUGCCAUGUGGACAACAGCCAAACAGUCCACAUGCGUGUCCUCCAGACCAUUUAUAAGAGGCUGAUUGGCAGCAGGCUGGACUGUCCUCGCUAUGGGACGCACUGGGAAAACAUCGGCUUUCAGGGUACAGACCCAGCCACUGACCUUCGUGGCACUGGUUUCCUGGGACUGAUGCAUACUCUGUACUUUGUGAUGGACCCAGAGACCCUACCGUUGGCCAGAGACAUCUACAAGUUAUCACAACACCCUACACAGAACUUUCCAUUCAGUGUGAUGUCAAUCAACAUGACCCGCAUCGCUCUGCAAGUACUCAGAGAGGAAGCCUUGUCCAAAGAGUGCAAUCGUCGUCAGCAAGUGGUUGGUGUGUUGAAUGAGUUCUAUGUUGCCACGUAUCUUCACCUGUACCAUUUGUGGAAGACCCAACAGAAGACCAUCACUGACUCUGGCUUUGUACUAAAAGAAGUUGAGCUGUUUGCCAAAAAGAACCCCAAGCAGAUGCUGCGCCGACUAGAGGUCUUCUUGAAAGAGAGGCGGGCAGGUGGAAUCCCCCGUGGGACCUCGCCAGACCCUCAGGUCCAACAGCCCUCUCCCAGCCUGGGGGAACGAGGGGCCAGAGUCGGGACGGGACAGGGAAGCAAGGGAAAGGAGAUGCACUUCACGGGAGUGUGUGAUCUACCGCCAGACAUGGAGGGAGAGGCCAGACUCAUCUAAGCUAGACUGUGUGUGUGUGUGUGUGUGUUUGUGAGAGAGUGUUUCAUGUUCUUAUAUCCUGGUGGGGACUUUAACCUGAAUGCACACUAACCCAUAGGGACUUGUGUCACUGUGGGGACAAAAAUUUAGGUCCCCACGGGUAGAGACUGCUUCUUGAGGGUUAAGACUUGGUUUUAGGGUUCAGGUUACAAUUAGUUAUGGUUGCGAUGGUUAGGGUAAGGGGCUAGGGAAAGCAUUAUGUCAAUGAAACAAACAUUUGUGUGUGUGUGUGGGUGUGGGUGUGUGUGUGUGUGUGUGCGCGCGCACAUGCAUGAGCAAUCCUGUUUGUGAGUAUAUCUAUUACAGUAGUGAGUGAUGCUUACUCUUAAGAGCUAGAACCCCACCAGACCCUGAUCUAGGCCCUGCUUUCUGAACCCAUUCAAACACAUCCACUCCUUCCAAUGAUGCUGGGGUGCUGCACUUUGAGAAACUUUAAGUUUGGGGGUCUUUCAGAGUUAUAUUUGAUUUUUUUUAUUAAUGAUUAAUUAAUAAUCAUUCAGCUGAUGCAGGUCAGAAACACAAAAUGUCACAAAAACAAUAAGCAAGUGAAUGUUUUCACUUUUCUGUGGAUUUAGUAGCCAAAUCAAUAGCUGCCAAAUUCUUGUGGUUAAGCUCUACCUGCCUAGAAGUCCAGAACGUACACACUUGUGUCCCAAGGAUCUCUCAGUCAUGGCAUAUUAGCAUUGCAGAGGGGGGAGCAUGGCAUGGAGCGGCUUUUCAACAGGCUUGGCAUUCUCUCUCACUCCAAGAUACAGCUCCAUCACACAGCUCAUAAUGCAAGCUAAGGGCAGCAUUGUCAGGCAUAUUGUUAAACGCUCUGUUAACUUUAUGGUGAUAAGAGAGAAAUGGACCAGUUUCAAUCCCUGCUACAGAGCAAAGAGAAGCAGGUUUUCUCUCAGCAUGAUUGGAGAGCGGCAGAUAGAAAACCUGGAAGAGGUUACAGAAUUUUUGGAGCGGGGAGCAGAAAUUGCUAGUAGAUGCUAUUCUCAAAUAUCUCGCACAAUACUUUGAAUUCAACUUGCUUUGAAGAUCUGAUCACUUUGCAAACUCUGUUAGAGAGUGAAUUAAAUAUACGUCAUGUGAAAGAUGUACAAGAAUGGACACUCCACUACACUCCAGAUAAGUGGAGGUAUGUAUAGCCAGUUGUUGGUGUACUCAUGGUGUCUGUUGCCAGGGGUCUGAUAGAUUAGGUCCAGAGCUCCCACUUAAUAUGGGGGAAUAUAUUUUAAAUAAUUAAAAAAAUAACUAUUUUAGUCUUUUAUGAAGGGACAGCUGUCAGAACUUCAUAGUUAUGUAUAAAAGCACUUCAGAACUUUGUUAUUAAACUGAUGGCUGAGUGACUGUGAGAAGGAUUUUUAACAAUUAUAUUCCACCAGAACAUCUGAAAAUCUUCUGACUUGUCAACUUUUUGCGGCUAAAGCCAAGGAGACACUUCAUAACAGAGUCUGUGUGCUUGGCUUGGUCCCGCCUAUAGUCAAAGAUCUGGUAUGAGUUUUCUCUACAUUCCGUUAUAAAGCAUGUGAUUGUAAUUUUUUUUUUGACCAGUUCAAAAUUUAUUCCAGUGUGUGUGUGUGUGUGCGUGUGCGCAUGUGCGCAUGUAUGAAAUGACAUGAAUGAGCUGAUAUUGAUGAAGGGUGCCUCUCCUAGGCGAUGUAUGGUACAGUAUGCAAUCCCAGCUCUUACUCAAUGAUAAUAAAAAUGAUAGUGCUGUGUGACGAUAGAAAUCGUUCCUAACUUCAGGGUUUGUGCGCUUGUGCAAGCGAAUGUUUGUAUGGACGUGUGUUAUUGUAUGUGUGUGUCUUAUGACAGGAACUGACUACAGAUGGGGUGCUUUCCUCUGCACACAAUAAGCCAGCUUUACUAAGUACUUGAUCCAUCAAGCUGCAAAGACGGUACUUUGGCAUUUUAAAAAUGGUACAUAACAUUUCUGAGGACAAGAUUUAUCCUAAAGGUUCUUUGGUUUGCUUUUUUAAAAACCAGAUGUUGGCUCUGGACACAGCUGGUUUCUGCGGCUCUGUGGCCUGGAAUGGGUAGAGCUCCUUAGCAAAGCUGGUUCCUGCUUUGUGCUAAUGUGAAACCGUCUCCCAUCGUUGUAGUCUCAAUCUGUAGCAUGUUCAGGUAGCACUAGUACUGUAGCAUCCUAUAGCCUCCUCCUCUUUGUAAAGCUUGUUGAUGUCAUGUCUCAGUUACAGUCCGUAGUGUCAAUGAGUGCGCAAACUGUUCCUACUAUAGCACAUAUAUUUCGUAUUUGCAUUAAGUCUCCUUCAGUAGACACACAUUUAGGGGGCGCAGCGUAUGUUUUGGAGAGAUGUGAGAUAGGCUUGACAUGUUAUUGAGCUCAACCUUGUCUUCUAAGAAGGUAACAGUAAAAAUGGUGCCUACAUCCAGUGGAACCAUGUGGGGUAGAGUGCUGGUUGGUCCUCGCUUCCUUUUUUUAUUUUUCUUUCAUUUGAGCCACCGUGCCACAGUAGACUUCCUCCAUUCAUGUAACGCAGUACACAGAGUUGAUGUGACUCCUAAAACGCUCCAAGGCCUAAUGGAUAAAUACAUAAAAAUACACAGGCAUGUAAAUUUUCAAUGUCAACAUCUACUCACAUAGUUGUACUUUGCCAACUCCGUUCUCCACCAUAUGACUUCAAAUGAGCUGAUGUAGUUUAGCCAAUUGUUUGCAAGUGUUUCGAUUGAACAGGAAAUUUUGCACUGUUGUAGAUAUUUGAUAGUAUGUGUGACGUAUGCAAGAGGAAACAGGCCAUCUUCAAUAGCCAUAAUGUUCAUUAUCGCCCACAUCAUGAAACAGGCUUCGUGGAGUCCGAUUCCCUUCCUUGCUCUAAAAAAUUGCACGACGGACAUGAUCUCACAUUUAGUUUUAUUACAUUUUUAAACUGAGGAGCAGUACAGUGUAUGUAAAUCAGGAAGUUUGUAUAUAGAGAAUUAAUGAUUGUAACUGUAUGAUUGUCUGUAGGGCAUUAUACUGAAACACAUUGCUUACCUCAAGACUUGAGACAAAUCUCUCCUUUCUUUCUCCUGAUGUUUGGCCUCUGUCAGACUCUAUCUUUUUAUGUUUUCUUGUACCUAGGCCUUCUCUCAUACCAAUUGGACAUGUUAUAUAAUGUAUAUUCAACACCUGAAGCACUACGUAAUAGCAAUCUAACACAAAAGCUGGUCAAUGUUAUGUGUAUUCUAUUUAAAGACACAUUUAUCGACACUAUAUAGGCCCACACACGCUCUAAUGCACAUCUGCAGAAAAAAAUCCUUUUCAGAACAAUCUAUAAUUGGCUGAUGUUUACCAUGUUUGAAAUAAGCUGGUUUUGUUGUGGCUUCAGUGAUAGAUAGUACAGUAUACUUUUGCUGUGUUUAAAUGUUUGAUGUCUGGAAAACACUCAGAAACACUUCAGGCUUUACAGCUACAGUCACAAACAGACAGAUCAGUAUAUGAUUGUAAAGAUAUAGGCUUGAUUAGCAGUCAUAAUAUGGUGUAUGCUUUGACCUUGGUAUAUAUUCAGUAUCCAAAUAAGGCCUGAUUUAUCCUCUCAUAUUACCAAAAGUUAUAUUUUCAGCAGUUGGAAUAGAUCAUAUCCUUAUGUGUUGAUCAUCGUUUGGAAUCUCCUCAGUUGUGAAACCAGAACCAAGAGAAAAAGAAAAAAAAAACGGGUUCUUGCAGGAUGUCGGAUGCUUUGAGAGGUGUGGUGUGAAGUUCUGCUUCCUACAGCAGCACCACGGCAAAUACAAUCACUUCUCUCAAGAUCCUGCGCUUUAUAUGAAGGUGUUUUACUCUUGCCGUCGUCGUCAUGUCCCUCAGAGCAUUUUAUGACUGUACCUUGAUUGUAGAAGCCCUAUUUUAUACUGAGAGUUAUUUCAGAAUACAGUAUGUGCUGUUGUACAUUAAAUGUAUUGUAUGGAGAAAGCUAAAUAAAUGAUGUUUAAAAACGAA